CACCAACAAGACAAGCACACAUUGGCAGAAGAAGAAUGAGCUUGGCAUCCAAGACCGUUUGCGUUACAGGAGCUUCAGGCUACAUAGCCUCAUGGAUAGUCAAACUCUUGCUCCAGCGUGGCUACACGGUCAAAGCCACCGUCCGUUUUCCCGAUGACCCAAAGAGGACUGAACACUUACUUUCCCUUGAUGGAGCUAAGGAGAGACUUCACCUAUUCAAGGCAGAUCUAUUGAAAGAAGGCUCAUUUGAUUCUGUGGUUGAUGGGUGUGAAGGCAGAGUUGAUUGAUCCAGCAGUAAAUGGGACACUCAAUGUUCUUGGGUCAUGUGCAAAAACACCAUCUAUACAGAGAGUGGUUUUGACCUCUUCUAUUGCUGCAGUUUCUUACAAUGGCAAACCACGAACUCCUGAGGUGGUUGUUGAUGAGACUUGGUGGUCAAGUGCCGACUAUUGCAAAGAAAUGGAGAUGUGGUAUGUUCUUUCAAAAACAUUGGCUGAGGAAGCUGCUUGGAAAUUUGUGAAGGAGAAGGGUAUUCAUAUGGUUACAAUAAACCCAGCAAUGGUUAUUGGUCCUCUCUUACAGCCCACACUGAAUACAAGCUCUGCUGCAAUCUUGGAAUUGAUAAAUGGUGCAGAAACAUAUCCCAAUACUUCACUUGGGUGGGUUAAUGUGAAAGAUGUUGCCAAUGCACAUAUUCUAGCACUUGAGAAUCCUUCAGCUGAAGGAAGGUAUUGUUUGGUUGACAGAGUUGCACACUACUCCGAGCUUGUGAAGAUAUUGCAUGAACUUUAUCCAACUCUUAGACUUCCGGAAAAGUGUGCGGACAACAAGCCAUUUGUGCCAAUUUACCAGGUGUCGAAAGAAAGAGCCAAAAGCUUGGGUGUUGUAUUUACUCCCCUGGAAGAAAGUCUCAGGGAAACUGUCCAAAGUUUGAAGGAGAAGGGAUUUCUCGGAACGUCUGUGGCUCUGUGAUGAGAAAUGCUUUCCGUUCUGCUUAAUUUCUUUUUGUGUUAUUGUGACUCUUUUUUUUGUAAUUUUUGAGAGAAUGAUGUUUUAGUGUGGUAAGAGUACUUGGUUUGCUUUUUAUGAUAUACGGAGUAUGUGUUAAGAGAAUGAUGUCUUAGUGUGGUAAGAAUGCUGUUAUAAUUGUUCUUUGUUAAAAACAGAAUUGAGUUUAAAUUCUGUCAUUAGGGUUGUUCACCACCCUAUUGUCACAAAUUGAAUAAUGUUUGGACUGAUAUAUAAUAUGCAGAUGUUCAUAA